AUGGCGAUCUCUCUGAUCGACCGCAAGGUGCUGGCUCACCUCAUCAACUACUAUGUCUCUGACAACAAGAUCGUUGUCGAAAACCUUCGCAUAGUCCUCGGUAUCUCUGUCAGACUCGAGGACAAACUCGCUCGCGCCCGCAGGCUUCGCCUGUUCGACAUCAAACGCGAGACUAGAUCGUUGGAGAUCUACCAGGAGCUGCUCUAUCUGACCAAGGAAGGAUUGGCUCUCACUGAAGUGUACAUCGCGCCAUACUGUGGAAAGGGCGCAGAUGGAGUCUACCAGGUCAUGGCCCUCAAGCUGCGCGCAUCUUUCCAUCACAUCCUCUGCCAGUUCCACAACACCCCUGCAGUUCGCAUACUGCGCCAGAGAAACGUGGAAGAGCUCAGCGCAUUCAGCGCAUACUACAUGGCUUCCAGACAGGACCAAGACUUCAACCUGGCUGGUUCUCCAGUCCCAUCUGAGCAGUCUUUUGCCACCAACCCUUACGCUACUCAUGGCCAGGCGCCGCCUGUCUUGGCUCACGUCCCAGCCGAUGAUCCUCCUCAGAUCUCGCUUCAGCCCUACACAACCCCUACACAACCUCCCGGUCUUGGUAGAAGCACCGUGGUUGAGUAUGACCCUCCCGUCUCAGCCAGUACCUUCCUGAUGCCCGCUCUGAAUUAUACCCCAGAAACCAAGAGACUCUUCGAGCGCGCAGUCAAGUGCGCAGAGGACCUUCUACAUCCAGCACACCCGCUGGUGCUCUCAUUGGCUCUGGAGCAGGCUACUUUCCUCAUGGACUGCCUCGGAGACUACGACAAAUCCUACAAGGUGGUCAAGAAGGCCGCUCGCGCUACUGUCCACGCCGGCAAUGUGUCCAAGGCCAACGAGGCUGAUGCAAUGAAGAUCUUGCACGACAUGACUGGAAUUGUGGCCAGAGCUGAGCAGGUAUUGCAGCCUGAAAAGCGUCUCGUUGCAGUUCAGCAGGUCAACUCUCCUCCUCUGUACCCACCUCCUGAUCGUGAGCUCCCUAGUCCGCCUCGGCAGCGUAAUGGCCCUGCACGCUUCGAUGAUUCCCCUCGUCAGCACAAGACCUCCAUCCGUAGCGACUCUGCCCAUGCUGGAGCCGAUCGCAGCGACAAGAACUCUUCGCAGUACUCCUCGCCUCUCAAGCCAGUGCAGCAGUCGCCAGCUGGCGGCGUUUCAUUGAGCCCCUACACCAACAAGAUGCAAGGUUUCGCCAUCUCACAGUCGCCCACUACCGACAAUUCGCCCACCACUGUAGGACGCCUCAACGGUGCUGCCACUAGAAGUGCUACUCUGAUUGGAUCGUCUGCCUCGCCAAUGAACCUUGACAGCAAGAUCCGCCUAAUCAACAAUGAGAUCCUUCAGCAUAAGAAGUCGAAGAGAUCUCGCAGCAGCGGCAGUAGCGUCAAGCUCAAGAGUGAAGGCAGGCGCAUGGAAGGCACUGGUACUGAGAAGGAGCGCAAGAGACCUGCCCACAGUNUAAUCAACCUCUUGACCAACAACGGCGCCACCUACAUCCCUCGCAAAGAAGAUGGCUCAAUCGACCAAGUCAUCCGCCACACCCACAUCGUCACCGGCGACAUUGAGUUUCCCGAAUACAACAGAGCACUAGAGUGCAACGUCCACGUCGUGCGACCAUCCUGGGUAGAGUCCAGCUACGAGAAGGGAAGACAGACACAACCGCGCCAGCACAGUCCAGACCCGUCCAUGUUCUUUAGAGACGUCAUAGUCUCGUGUGCAGACUUGCCCGAGGGCGACAAGGAUGCCAUCAUUGCUGGUACUUUGGCGCUGGGAGGCUUGUACAGUGCGCCCUUGACCAAGUUGGUCACGCAUGUAGUGGCUAUGGAUAUGCAUAAUGACAAGUGUCGGACUGUUCAUGCGAAGAAUCUGGCUUGCAAGAUUGUCUUGCCACAUUGGUUCGACGACUGCUUGAAACUUGGCAAGCUGAUCAACGAAGGUCCUUACCUCCUUCCUGACCCCGAGAUCCUUCGCCCCAGCUUUGACGAACCCGUCCGAGCACGAUUGACUCCCGGCCUUGACGGUGCACUAUCAGCCGUAGCAGGAGCACCGCCAGCAUAUAACCCGCCCAUCUCUCCAUCCGACUCGCGCAAGCAGCUUGUCGUCUUCAAGGAUAAGAAGGUGCUUUUCUCGAAAGACUUGAACAUCAACGAUCACCUGGCAAAGACAUUGAGACAUCUGGUCAGCCAGGCCGGAGGCUCUCUCACCACUAACGUGGAUGAAUCCGAUGUAUACAUUGGUCAUUACCGCGACGGCAUGGACUACAUAGCCGCCUCGCGCGCCGAACGAACCGUCGGAAAUCUCGCCUGGUUCUACAAUGUCAUCAAUCGCAACAAAUGGACGAAUCCCCUCAGCAAACUUCUCCAUUACCCAGUACCCAGAGGCGGCAUCCCUGGUUUCCAAGACAUGAGAAUUAGUCUUUCAAACUACAGCGGAGAAGCACGUAUCUACCUCGAAAACUUGUGCAAGGAAGCAGGAGCCGAAUUCACAAAGACCAUGAAGCAAGACAAUACCCAUCUAAUCACCGCCCACACGCACUCUGAAAAAUGCGACGCCGCUCAAGAAUGGAAUAUUGCCAUUGUCAACCACCUCUGGCUGGAAGAAAGCUAUGCCAAAUGCUCCGUACAAGCUCUAACCCAAAAACGCUACACCCACUUCCCACCGCGAACAAAUCUCGGCGAGAUUGUAGGACAGACCGACAUUGACAUUUCCAAAGUGCGCAAACUGUACUUUGCAAGCAACGAAAAGACAAUCAAAGACACAGAGCCAGGCCAANAAACACCACAUCCUUUCCGCGGCGCAGUCAGAGCUCCAGACACAUCGCCUAGAAGAGGCAUCGCGGCUUCCAGCGCAGGAGCAGCAAGAUCGUCCUUUGCAGCAAACGGAACAGAAACAGAUGCCAUGGACAUUGACGACAACGAGACUAGUGAAUUUCUCCCUCAAGCACCGCAAACUGCAAAGAAGAGGAAAUCUCGCGUGGGCUCUGACGCAGCGAUUACCACUCCUGCAAUGUUGGGCAAGCGACAGGAAAGAGAAUCAAGUCCACCGACCACCGGCCGUGCCUCCAAGGAAAAAGCAUUGAGCAAUUUGCAUGCGUUGAAAGAUGAUGUGUUGCAGUAUGAACGCGAGAGGAAACGAAAAGGCGGUGUCGUGCAUGGAGGAAGGAGGACUGCUGAGCCUGAGGAUGCUCCUGCUGCCAUAACGACCAAGACAACAAAGACGACGAGGAAUANNAACGGAAGAGCGAUGAUAUGGGCGACAGCCAUGCUGAAAUCAGCGAGACGGAGAUUACAGGUGUCAAAGGCAACAAGGCCAAGAAGGCCAAAANCCGACACUGGUCCCAAGGUCUUGUACAACAUGAUGGCAAAAUUACGAGCUCUGGGUAUAAAACUGACCACAGAACCCGCAGAAUGCACCCUCCUCUGCGCGCCCCGCAUCCUGCGCACCAAANAAUUCAUCGCCGCGCUCGCAAACAGUCCAGAAGUGGUCAACAUCUCAUACCUCGAUACCGCGCUCUCCAAACCCACACUCCCAGACGUCGAAAGGUACAGACUCGAAGACCACGAAGCCGAAGAAAGGCUUGGGUUUUUCAUGAACGAAGCCAUCGAACGCGGAGCCACGAAUGCAAAUCGUUUGUUGCACGGCUGGACGAUUUUCGUGACGGAAAAAGUCAGCGGCAAGUUUGAGACAUACAAAGAAAUCAUUGCCAUCAAUGGAGGUACGGCGGUACCAUACAAAGGCCGCUCCAACGUCAUCUCCGGACCCAGAAUUGCUCCUCAAGAAGACCCAGAAGCAGGUGACGAAGCAGAAAAUCAAGGUGGAGAAGAAGAGUUGAAUAGAGUGUACCUGAUUUCCAGCACUAGUGAUGAGGAGGUCCGGUUAUGGGAGAGGUUUGUGACGGAAGCCGAGAAGAAGGGAUUGGAGCCCAAGAUUGUCAAGACGGAUUGGUUGAUCAAUCUUGCCAUGAGUCAGAGGGUGGAGUGGGAUGAGAAGUGGGAGUUGAAGGAGGAGUUGGUGCCUGGAUGGACAAAGUAG